AUGGACACGGCGAUAGCGGCAACGAUUUUGAUACCGCCGAUCGAAUCUUCUCCGGACCGUUUACCAGUGGGUGAGGAUUUACUAUUCAACUACUUGAUCGCAACCUGUCUACUGGGAGCCAGCCUGCUCCAGGCAUCACCCCUCAAACAGAGCACGCCCCGGGCCCUCAUUACCAGCCGAUCGGACGUGGUAACACCGGAAGCCACCAAGGAUAAACCACAGUAUAUGAUCCGCGUGAUGCCAAAGGACGAGGAGCUGGAGGAGUUAUCGAAGUUGGUCGAUUUUUUCGCGCAUGGGGAGACCGGCUCGCCCAGCGGAUCAACCGGCUCUCCCCACACGACCUCCUACGGUUCCUAUAGCCCGUCCCGGGACGAUCUAACCGAACCGCUGCUUCCGCCACCGGUCGAACAAAGCGAACCAAACUACUACGCCGUCAAGCCAAAGAAAACCAAGAGCAAAAAGUACAGCCCGACCCAGAAGCUCAUCAACCUGAAGAACACCGAUGGAGUGGAGAAGAAUGCGAAUGAAAAAUCACGCCCGGACAACAGUGACAAGGGCGGGCGGGGCUCGAGCGAGGAGGAGGAUACUUUCUUCCUGGAUGCGAUCGAUCUGGACCGGCUGCUGGCCAGUGCGUUGCUCGGUGAGCAGGAUGCACAGUCGGAAGCGACGGCCGUUUCGGGCCGUUCGCUGUUGCCGCUGCGGCUGGACGAGCUGAACCGGGGCGAGUUUGUGCCGAGCCGGAACCGCCGGGUGGAUCAGUAUACGCGCCGCGUUGCCGGAGAGGAUGAAGGUGCUAGAAUCGAUUUUCAAAUGCAUGGUCACCAUGGGCCUAACAGCUACAAGUUUGGCUAUGACACGGGUGAAGGGAAGAAUCGUCAGUUCCACGUAGAGGAACGCGACAACAAGGGUAAUGUUCGAGGUCGCUACGGUUAUUACAUGCGAUCGGGCAAGUUUCGUAUCGUCAACUAUAGCUCCUCGCCUGAGACUGGCUUCAGGAUAGAGCCGUAG